CCGGGCCCGCGGCCCUCACCGGCGCUCACCGUGGGGGCUCACCACGUGGGCCGCUCGCGCCGCCGGCCCGCGUCUCCCGGCAACGCCCGGGGCGCCGCUCUGCGCAGGCGCGGGUGCCAGUGCGCAGGCGCGAGACCCGCGAGAGGGUCAAAGGGCGCGGGCUGCGCCUGCGCAGGACGGCGCGGCAACAUGGCGGACAAGGAGAAGAAGAAGAAGGAGAGCAUCUUGGACCUGUCCAAGUACAUCGACAAGACCAUCCGGGUCAAGUUCCAGGGCGGCCGCGAAGCCAGUGGCAUCCUGAAAGGCUUUGACCCUCUGCUGAACCUGGUGCUGGACGGGACCAUGGAGUACAUGCGAGACCCCGACGACCAGUACAAGCUGUCUGAGGACACGCGGCAGCUGGGGCUGGUGGUCUGCAGGGGGACGUCCGUCGUGCUCAUCUGCCCCCAGGACGGCAUGGAGGCCAUCCCCAACCCCUUCAUCCAGCAGCAGGACGUCUAGGACCCCCAGCCCCUCACCGGCAGCAGGACCUCUGGGGACCCCCAGCCCCUCACCCGGCAGCAGGACCUCUGGGGACCCCCAGCCCCUCACCCGGCAGCAGGACCUCUGGGGACACAGGACCAAACAUCUGCAGUUUUUCUUAAUAAAACUACAAAGCCCA